AUGGAUAAUGUCAAGAAUGAGACCCAAGUUUCUCCGUUUCUGUUUUCUGGCCUGACCAACGAUGGAAGACUCACCCCCUUCCUAUUCCUCUUCUUCUUUUUUGUAUAUAUUGUGACUGUGAUAGGAAACAUUGGAAUGAUAGCAAUUGUAAAAAAAACAACCAAAUUCAACACUCCGAUGUACUUCUUCCUGAGCUACCUCUCCCUGGUUGACCUUUUCUAUUCUACUGUUAUAACCCCCAGAAUGCUCUCCGAUCUUAUCUCCUCAAGGAGGGUCAUCUCCUUCAAUGGUUGUGCCAUACAGUUCUUCUUGUUUGCUGCUUUGGCAGGGACAGAAAUCUUUAUUUUGGCGAACAUGUCAUAUGACCGCUAUGUUGCCAUAUGUCACCCUCUCCAUUAUGCAUCCAUAAUAACCAAGUCUAAAUGCUUUUGCCUUGUUCUUCUUGCUUUCUUCAUCGGCUUCUUACAGUCGGCCUUACAGGCAAACUGUGUAUUUAGGCUCCAAUUCUGCAGGUCACACUUGAUCGACCACUUCUACUGUGACGUUCCUCCAUUGCUCAAGCUGUCCUGCUCCGAUACUUUGUACUGUGAUUUGGUGACGGUGUAUAGUGUUGGCGCUUGUACCAUUGGGUCCUUUUUACCCAUACUAAUCUCUUAUAUGUUUAUUUUUUCAACAAUUAUACGCAUGAAGUCAGCUGAGGGGAAGCAAAAGGCAUUUAGUACGUGCUCAGCUCACCUUAUAUGCACCUCCUUGUUUUAUGUUACAGUCUUCUUCACCUAUCUACGCCCUCCAUCCGACAUCUUUGAUGUCCAGGACAAAGUGGCUUGUAUUUUCUACACAGUACUUACACCAAUGUUGAACCCACUUGUGUAUAGCCUGAGGAACCAAGAGGUAAAAAAGAUCGUUCUACAAGCAGUAUGCCAUUCUACUGUGGUCAAAACUAUCCUGUCUGUCAUCAGAAAAAGGGUUAACAAUUUACCCAAACUGCUUAAGCUACGGAAAGUGACUCAUACGUAG